AUGAAUAUUGUUGGAGAUAAAUGGUCUGAAGCUUUGAUAGAACUAAAACGAAACGGAUUUGAACGUGUAUUAGCAUCUAUCGACAUUUGUCAAAAUUUGGAAAACUCAGUUUUCCGCCAAGUACUAAUUGGCUAUUGUAUUCAAGAAGUUAAAACUAAAUGUGAAACAAUGUUUGAAGCAGCCAAGAUUCCAAUAAAAGUGAAUCUGGACAAUUCGAUAAACUUGGCUGAUAAAAUCUUUGAUGAUCAGGAAUUGGAAAAUGUGGUUUUUGGAAGAAAAAGGAAGAAUUGGCUUUCCUUUUUGGACAAACUUAAAGGCUCGAAGGUGUUGAGUAGAGCAUCUUCUUCGUCGUUAUCUUCAGUUUCUUCAAAUUUGUCUUGUUUGAGUGUUAAAGAUUUGGAUUUGGGAGAAACUACUAAUGAAUAA